AUGGCUGAGACACAAGCUCAACCCCAUGCCUUUCUCAGCUCCCUCGUUCAACAAGCCAGAGACCUUGAGCCCGACUUUCCUUCUCCUGAUGACUUCCAGAGGCUUGGAAUCAAAGCAUUCCAAGUAUCAUUGGCCCCGGAAUAUGACAAAGGUCUCCAAUUUGAACCCUGCUUCUUUCGACCGCACCCCGAUGAACUGUUUCAGAAAUAUCCAAGCGUCGUUUGGGAUAAUGAUCCGCAGGACAUACAGUACACCAAAACCUUGAAGGGUUACAUAGAGGAUGCCCUGACGGAGCAUUCCCCUGAAAACGCCCCAAUAAUCGGGAGAAUGGAAUACGAAAUGAUGUCACAUGUUCCGCCAGAGCGCGAUCCAUACAUCCAUGCCAAAGAUGUAGCGGAGAUGAUUGAGUCUCACAUCGAGGCGGCAAGAUACGGACCGCAGGAAUGGUUCACACUUGGAGACCUCCAGGACGAUGAGCAGGAAUUGUGGAUCCCGGACCGGAGAGAAAAUGACCCUCAUAUUUACGAGGGAUUUCGAGAUCCAAAGCCGUGGCAAGUGGUCUAUCAUUACCGAUACACCAGUCGCCCUCUGAAGCCACAUUCAAUUAUGUCAUGUAUCGCUCAACUCUGGCCUGAUACAAGUCAGGGCCUCACUACCCACGAGCUGAGAGCCAUCGUGAACAUGAUGCUUCUCCGAGUGAAUCACAAACCGUUCCGCAGAUGCCAUAUUCAUCCAAUGUUGGUUCUCUCUUUUAUGGGCGAUUAUCAGGGGAGAAUCAUUCAAGCUUCGUAUGAUGGAAAGGAACUGAUCCUACAAUACUCGAAACUCUGGAGCUUUGCGGACAUUAAAAAGGCACCAGUGGAAUUGUUCGUCCGAUAUCGUUUAAGUCAGACAGUUGGUGGUAUCCGCACUUUGUCCCUUAAGUAG